AAGUUAACAUUGUCACACAGGUGUUUUUGUCUUUACAGUUUAGUUGGAACAUAUGAUUCAACCCAUUUUCCAUGACCAGGGCUUGGUCCCGAAAAAUGCUACGGAUGACGAAGGAAAUUAUUCACAACGUUCUGAUGCUAACUAUUUAGAUUUCAACAAUAGUUUUGCAUCAAUGUUGAUAGAAAAAGAAAGACGUCAUGCCGCUGAAUCGAAUUGCGAAAUGUUAUUACAGGAACUUGAGUCAAAAGAAGCUUAUCUUCAAGAUCUAAAAAAUUCGCUUUUUAAACGUGUGGAAGAAGCAGAAUGUCAAAUGGAUAAACUUAUUUCUUUAAGAAAUGAAGAAACAGAAGAGGCUCAAAAAGCCAGUAAAAUCUUACGUUCUAGUGUAGUCAAAUUAAGAGAACGUUUUUUAGCUGAUAAAAAGGAGCUUGAAAAUAAGAUAUGCUCCAUUCAGGACACCUACGAAGGUCGAAUCACUGAACUAAAUAACAUAUUAAGACAAUCAGAGAAAAAUCGUGAAAAUCUAUUGGCGAAAUUCAAAGCAUCGGAGUUCACAAUUCAAAAUUUGAAUAAAGAAAUCAUGAACAGUAAAAAGGAAUUAAAUGAUUCAAUCAGUCGUAUUGCCCAUCUUCAAAAGAUUAAUUGUGAUCUAUCUAAUGAACUAGCUAAGUCCAAGUUGACUGUUCAAAAAACUUCAGCUCGUGCGGAGAAUUUAGCAAAACAAUACAAUGAAUUAAGAUGUAAAAUUGAACAAGCAAAUGCUAAUUCUACCCAAAACGAAAAAGCCGCACGAACUGCUGCUGAAAGGCGUUCAUCAGCUGAAAAUGCAUUAGUUGCUGCACAUCAACGAGCUGAUAAUCUAUGUACACGAAAUACACAACUGGAAAAAGAAUUGACGACUAUAAAAGUUCGUGCUGAAGAACAAGCAAAAGUGAAUGAAAUUACAAUAACAAAACUCAAAACUCGUCUAAUUGCUAUUCAAGGUGAAGCUUCAAGAUGGAAACGAUCUUAUCAGGAAGAAAAAAAUAAUCGUGAUUUAGACUCACAAAAAUUGAAUGAAUUAAUUCAAACUAUGCUAGAUGAACGAAGUUAUUUAGAAAAAGAAUUCAAUUCAACAAAGAAUAAUAUGAAAGAACAAGCUUUAUUAAUUGAACAAUUACAAAAACAAGCUGCUUUUGAUGCAUCCAAUGCAUCAACACGUUUAUUAGCUGCUUUAUCAACUGGUGAAGAAGGUGUAGCCACAGCGUUAGAAUUGAAACAAUGCAUUGAACUACAUUUACAACCAGAAUUAAAUUCUGUAAAAGAAAAUUGUAAAUAUUUAGAAUCUGAACUCAUGAAAUCAAAUAUUCAGAAUCAACAAUUACAUGAAAAUUUAAACCAAGCUAAUGAAAUUAUUGAACAAACAAAGUCAUCUGCAAGCAAAGAAAAGGAUAAUUAUGAAAAUGAAUUAAAUUUAUUGAGAGAGAACAUUUUGGAAAUCAAUGAACAACUGGAUGUUAAAUCAAAAUUAUUAGAAAAAUCAGAAAUUCAAAUUGAACAAUAUCAAUUGGAAUUGAAUAAUUUACGUACAUCUAGAGUUAAUUUCAAUGAAUCAACGGUGGAUGAAUUAAAAAAUUUAACAAAAGAAUUGAAUGAUUUAAAAACAACUCAUACUAUUGUACAAAAACAAUUACAUACUAAUCAACGUAUAAUUAGUAAACUAAAAUUAUCUAGAAAUACAGCAUUAACUAAUGUCAAUAAACUACAAAUUGAAUUAAAAAAUACUUGUGAUAAUUAUGACAAACAAUUGAAAGAAAAAUCUAAUGAAAUUCAUCAUAUUCGUCAGAAAUUAAAACAAACUGAAGUAAAAUUACAAGAAACUAACGAUAAAUAUGAAAAUCUUAUGGAAGAAUCUAACAAUCAAUUAUGUUUCAGUCAAAAUAUCAUCAAACAACUAGAAAAUACAAUGAUGAGUCAAAAUAAUCAAAUCACAAAUAUUAAUGAAAUGGAAUUGAAAAUAACUGAAUUGAAUAGUUUACUAGCAGAAUCAGAGUUACGCUUAAAAGCUGCUAAUACAACACAAGAAUUGAAUGAUCAACGAUAUAAUGAAUUAGAAAAGUGUUUUAGUCAAUUACAAAUAAGAUUAAAUGAACGUGAAAAUUUAAUUAAAUACUUGGAAAAUGAAAUUCAAAAUAAGACUAGUUUAUUUGAUGAGAAAUCAAAACAAUAUGAAUUACUAAAAGUAACAGUUGACCAACAAAUUACUAAUUCAAAUAAAACAGUAGAAUUUUCAACCAAUUUACAUAAAGAAAGAGAAAUACAAAAGUCUAAACUGGAAGAACAUAAUAGUCAACUUCAACAAGAACUGUUAGAAGUUCAAAAAAUGAAUAGACGAUUACAGUUAGAUAUACGUGAUUUAGAGAGUAAGUUAAUGGCACAAAAUCAUGAUCAAACAAAACAAAUAUCUGAAUGUAAUGAAAUCAAAUACCAAUUGAAAUUAUUGAAUGAGCAAUUCGGUGCACAAACAAAGCAAUUGAAUGAUACAAAAUCAAAUAUUGAAACAUUGAAUAAAGAGAAACAGUCACUUCUUGAACGAAUUGAACAAGAUAAACAAAAGUAUAAGCAAUUAGAGCAAAGAAUUCAAAAUGAAACAAAAUCACAUGAAGAUUUGAAAACUAUUCUUACUAAUCAAAUUUCAGAUUUAAAUGCAAAGUUGUACAACACUGAAAAGUUACUACAUGAAAGUGAAAAUCGAUCUCAUUUAGCUGAACGAAAAGCGAAAUUAGCUUGUCAAAAAGUUAAACAAUUGACUAUUGAGGCAUCUGCUGUUAAAAACCUUCCUCAAUUGACAAAUUAUCCAAUAUGUACAGAUGAACAAAAUGAGAUGGUUUUGAAUUCCCGCUUAUAUCAUAAUAAUGGUUUUCAUUUAGCUGAUGAUUAUAAAGACGGACCUAAAUCAAUUUUACAUCAUCGUAAAAGUCGUUAUCCUUCUUCGGUAAAAAUACUAACAGAAAAUAACACACUUCCGAAUUCAUGUCUAAGUGAAUACAAACUACCUUCUCCUGAUCGAUCAUCUUUGAAUUACACCCCAUCCUCUGUCAUUGAUAACUCAGGGAACAUUAGACGAUCUGUAGGAAUUUCAUCAGAUCCUGUCGGUGAUUUGGAAUCUUUAAUCCGUCAGGUUACAAAUAAAUUAGAUCAACAAGAGAGAAGUUGAUCUGCAUCUCAGUUUUAUUUAUAAUUGAACAGUGUUCACUCUUAUCAAUAUAACAAAGAUUUAUCACAUGUAGAAUGGUUUUAGUUUCCGAAAUACUUUUAUUACAUUUCAAAUCACAAAUUAGCGUUGAAUCACAGCCCUAUACUUGUGUUUUAUGGUUUGACGCAGUAGGAGCCCUUAAAAAAACAAAACUUUUCUCUUGAGAAAAAUGUGAGAAUAUCAGGAGACGAAAUUAUUUGUGACAGUCAUGUAUAACCACUAAGCAAAUAAACACUGCUUGAAAAAUGUACAAUGAUGAAUUCUAGACUGCAUAAUUUAUCACGAAAUUGAGUGAAGGAUUACUGAAAAUCAUGAAAUAUUUCUGGC